AGCAGCAGCUGCAGAGAUGAAGGCACUGGGGGCCCUUGGGCACAUCGUUCUCUUGCUGUUGGCUUGUGGCUCGGUUUGGAGUCGGAUAUCAAAGCGAGAGCCGGAUAAUGGUGAAGAUACUGAGCAGUUCCCUGCAGACUGUGAGGAGGUACACGCUGCAGGAGCAGAAGCCGAUGGGGUAUAUGUCAUCUACCCUGCUGGAUCCUCAAGUGCUGUGCCCGUAUACUGUGACAUGACUACUGAUGGUGGGAAGUGGACAGUGAUCCAGAAAAGGUUUAAUGGCACCCUGAGUUUUUUCCGUGGCUGGACUGACUAUAAAUUAGGGUUUGGUCGAGCAGAUGAAGAGUACUGGCUUGGACUGCACAAUAUUUACCAACUAACAUUGAGGAGGAAGUAUGAGCUGAGGAUUGACCUCGGAGACUUUGAGAACAACACGGCCCAUGCUAAAUAUGGUGACUUCUCCCUCUCCCCCAAAGCCAUUAACCCUGAGGAUGAUGGCUACACUUUGUAUGUGGAAGAUUUCACUGAUGGAGGAGCAGGGGACUCUCUGACCUAUCACAACGGGAUGAAGUUUUCCACCUAUGACAGAGAUCGGGAUGAUUACCAGCAAAACUGUGCUUCCCUCUCUGCUGGCGGCUUCUGGUUCAGAGCUUGUCACCUGGCUAAUCUGAAUGGACCAUACCUGCGUGGUGCCCAUCUGUCCUAUGGAAGUGGCGUCAUCUGGUCUGGAUGGAAGGGUCUUUACUUCUCCCUUAAAAGUACUGAGAUGAAGAUACGACGUGUGUGAUGACCCUGCAGUUCACUUAGCCUUACAACCUGUAGCACACGGAUAGGCUGUGUAAUAUUACUGUCAUCCUGCUGUAAGCUUUUUCACCUUCACCCCCAAAUGACACUUCUUCCCUCUGUAGCUCACUUGAUGUUGCUCGCUAUAACUCCAUUGUGUUCAUCCUGACCUGCUGUAGUCUCUACCUUAAAUAUUCAGUAGAUGAUGUCCACUAAUGAAUACUGUAACUUGAAUAUGUCUCAUAAAUAUGUUUCAUCA